UUUAUCUCGCCGCCGUCCUGCUGCCAGUGCUGGGCUGUCUUUCAAAGGAAUAUGGAACCAGGAGUGGGCUGUGUUGUCCGAUGUGCAGCGAAGGGACAGUUGUCCGAGUAGACUGCACACCACUGUCGGGCACUCGGUGCAGCUCAUGUGUGAACGGGACUUUCAUGAACAGACCCAACGGCCUGCGUAGCUGCAUCCCCUGCAUCGUCUGUGACCAAGGUCUCUUUGUCAAACAGGAGUGCACAGCAACGACAGACACAGUCUGUGAUGUUUUAAGUGGGCAUUUCUGCAAAGAGCUGAUAGAUGAUACAGGAUGUAGUGUGGCACAGAAACACACGCGCUGUGCACCUGGUCAGAGGAUAAAAGAACCAGGAAACAAGAAAACUGACACGGUGUGUGAACAGUGUCAGCCGGGCUACUUUUCAACGGAUGGAGUGAAUUGCACCAAUUGGACUAUUUGCUUAGAAACCCAAGUAAAGGUCAAAGAAGGAAGCACGAGGAGUGAUGUUAUCUGUGGAUCUGCCUCAAGACAGAACUUCUGUUACGUACCUGUAAUAUUGUUAGCAUUAACACUCGCUGGGCUUGUGAUCACAGUGGACGGCAGCUAAUGGUUUUUAUUUACGUUAUUUACGUUUCUUCCUUUUGGAUUUCAGGCAGACUUAUACCAAAAGAAAUAAAAGUAAGUUCUCCAUAUCUGUUUCUCACAUUUUGCACCCCAUGACAUUCUACAUAGAAACGUGUUAAUGUCAUUUUAAUUUCUUUUUUUUCUCCAACUAUAUAGACUCCGGUAAUGGAAGUUGGUGACUAGGUCUCCAUUUAUUAUUCCAGUUAUUCCGACAGUUCAAACACCAACAUCAAAAACAUCAGUGAUUAUAUAGAUUAGAAUAGAUUGUUUUGGUUUACAUUGUUUAGUGUUGGGCUCUUAGAAAUGUCUGAUACCCUUCUUACAAUAUAAUUAAUAAUAAUAAAUAGAAUUUUCUGUAUGUUUUAACACUAAAUAAAAGAAAAAUAGUAUUAACAAGUUUACUACUAACCAUGCAGCUAAGUUCUAACAUCAGCCUAAUCUACAGACAUCUUGUAUAAUCUCAUUUGAAUGUGUGAGUGUGAGUGUUUUUUUUACUGUUUUUAAUGUAUUUUCUCCCUUUUUUGUAACACUUUGUUAUUGUGCUCCAACAACAGCGACUUAUACACUGUCCCGCAGUCUAAAAUCUGCCAUUUUGCUGCUUUUAUAUGUUUACCUGUUUUAACUGCUCUUUAAUGUUCCGUUUAUUGUACUGCUGUAACUUUUACUAUUUAAAUGUUUUUACGUAAAGCAUUUUGAGAGGCCUUGUUACUGAAAUAAAAUUUAAAAAAAAAAAGCUUCCAAAUUCCAAGUGUACCUGUUCUUGCAAUAAAAACAUUUUUCUGA